CGGCUUCUUUCUUUGUUCAUCCCAAGCCGGUGACCCGCAAAAUCUCUCUCUCUCUCUCUCUCUCUCUCUCUCUCUCUCUCUAGAUCGCUACCCGAGAGUGAAGAUCAUACAUUCAGAAGAAGAUACUGUUCAUAUCCUGCUCAAUCCACAAUGGGAAGAAUCAAAUAAAAGGUGAAGACGAGAAUAUUUCACAGUUUUCAUUUUUUUAUUUAACAGAAAGUUUGUCGGAUUCGGAGCAAUCGAAAAUGAAGGAUGAUGGCGCGCUUCCGGUAUCUACUCCGACGGCGUACUCGACACCGUCGACGACUAUUUCCUCGCAUUCGAGGAAGGAGAAUUCCAGUCCGACUCUCUUCGGCCGAGGAAGAUACAAGUUCUGGGCGUUGGCCGCUAUUCUACUGCUCGCCUUCUGGUCCAUGUUCACCGGCACAGUCACUCUCCGGUGGUCCGCUGGGAAUCUAAGCCGUUUCUCAGAUGAAUUUGACAUUCCCAUGUACGAUGAUCUUGACGUCCUCGAAAUGGAGGAGAGAGAGAAGAUGGUGAAGCAUAUGUGGGAUGUGUACACCAAUGGUCGUCGGAUCAGAUUGCCGAAGUUCUGGCAGCAAGCCUUUGAGGCUGCUUACGAGGACUUAACCAGCGAUGAGCCCGAAGUGCGAGAAACUGCCAUUUCCGAGAUCGCUAAGAUGUCCAUUCGCUCCAUCUAUUUUGAAGCACCACCUCUUCACACGUCGGCUAUUCGGGAGUUAUCUAAUAAAGCAAGCAAAGUCCCAGAAGAUGAUCUCGGCAAGGAGUAACUUGCCAUCUCCAAGAGUGGUUAUGGAUCUCAAGAAGGAUUUGGUAUGCACAAUUUUCAUUGUGUCAUUCAAAAUCUAUACAAAAUAUAUGCAUUCCCCUGUCUGAAAAGAAGAAUUCAGCAAGAGGGGCAAAAAAACCAGUGUAUUUAAUUAGGCCUCAUUCUUACUUUCCCCCCGUUUUUUUUCUUUCAUUUUCUUGGUGUUAUAUGGAUGAAGAGUGAAACAUGGUGUUUAUUUAAUUCAUUCAUUAAAUAGAAAAUUUACCCAUACAAAGAUGGCCAAGAAGAAGCCGAAUCCUCCCGACGACGGACCCGACGCCAACGUCUAAACCGGGAUCGAGCGGCCGCCCACGAUUCACUUCUAAACGACUACUUUAAUAAUCCGUGUGUUUAUACACCGGAGGAUUUUAGUAAUCGUUUUCGGAUGAGUCGUCCUCUGUUCUUACGCAUACUCGCCGAUGUUGAACGCGAAGUUCCUUGGUUC